AUGAAAACCACAAUAAUUAAUUGUAUUUUAAUAAAAUGCGUUUUCUACUUUAUGAAAUUAAUAGGCGUUUGUCCUUUUGUUCUUGACAAAAAGGAAAUUCUGAAAAGUUCUACUUCUGGAAAAAUGUACAAUCUUUUACUUAUAGUGUCUUAUAUUUACAGUUAUGUGAUUGUUAUAAAAUGUAGGAGAAAUCUGCAUUAUUCUGAAGAAACUCAACUUGGAAUCAUUAUUGAUAUGAUUGGAAUCACUUUAAAAUAUUCAGCAGUUAUAGUGUGCUGGUACACUUUAGCAGUACAUCAGACCCAAGUGAAGUCUAUCAUUCAACAUUUAAAAGUUAUUGCAAAUAAUCAAACAAUGCUUGCUUCAAAAUGUCGAAGAGAAAAGAUAAAUAAUGAAUUCAAAACAUUUAGAUAUGGUUUAAUUGUGAUAAAUAUUCUAGGUCUUACCAUUUUAACACAGAAUAAUUUUAUUAACAACUAUUAUAAAAAUUGCACAACGGAUUUUACCUUCACGUUAUUCGAUAUUUUUCAGAUUGUUAUUUACAAUGUUAUUUUCAUAUUUUUGAGAAUCGUUUUGUACACACAAGAAAAUUAUAGAAUUAUAAACAAAGCUUUAAAUAAAUGUACUAAUUAUAAUGAAUUAGACAAUGUUAAUGUUACGUAUGAUACGAUACUAUCUUUGAAGAAACUUCAAUCUGCAGGAUUAGCCCAUAAAAAUAUUUCGGAUCUACUUGAAAAUAUUGUAGAUUUUUUCAGAUUACCUGUUUUGCUUAUUAUUACUGCAGUUUUCGUGCAAAUUCUAAUCGAUGUCCAUUUAAUACUAUAUUUUAUAAAGACAGAGAACUGGAACCACAUAAAGUAUUAUUCUCUGAUACACUUAUUAAUUACAUUUGCAAUCAGAGUUUCAGCAACAUAUUUUAUUUGUAGCAUAUCAGACUCAACAGGCAUUGAAGGAAAUAAUACAAAAAAUAUUAUAAACGUUAUAUUAAAUAAAUGGCGGUUUACAAAAUCUCACAAAAAUUUAGCAAAAAUGUUUAUUUUUAAUCUACAUGAACACAAAAUUCAGAUUUCGCUUUAUGGAUUGUUCAAUGUCGACUAUAGUUUAUUAAAGAAUUUGUGCAGUUCAACCAUAAUGUAUGUUAUUUUCAUGUUUCAACUUGAUGGGAUAAUUAAGUAA